AUGGCUGUCACUAAGGUCUACAUUGUGUAUUACUCCAUGUAUGGACAUGUGGACACCAUGGCAAGAGAAGUACACAGAGGGGCUACUUCAGUUGAAGGUGUUGAAGCAACUCUCUGGCGGGUACCUGAGAUGCUUUCUGAUCUAAUAUUGGAAAAGUUGAAGGCUCCACCUAAACCAAAUGAUGUACCAGACAUAAGGCCAGAACAACUUGUAGAGGCUGAUGGUUUGAUAUUUGGUUUUCCUUCUCGUUUUGGCAUGAUGCCAAGCCAGCUCAAGGCUUUCUUUGAUGCCACUAGUGGGCUAUGGGCAUCCCAAGAACUUGCUGGCAAACCUGCUGGAAUCUUCUGGAGUACUGGUUUUUAUGGUGGAGGCCAAGAACUGUCAGCAUUGACAGCUAUAACUCAAUUAGCUCAUCAUGGUAUGCUUUUUGUUUCUCUUGGAUAUACCUUUGGAAGAGGCAUGUUUGAGAUGGAUGAAGUAAAAGGAGGCUCUGCAUACGGUGCUGGAACUUUUGCAGGAGAUGGAUCUCGUCAACCUACUGAACUAGAACUGCAGCAGGCCUUUUACCAGGGUAAAUACCUUGCUGAAGUAACAAAAAAGCUGAAAAGCUAA